AGUUCUAAAACGCACAAGCUAACUGGUGAUUGGUUGAUGGCAGUAACAAUGUUUGGUUUCUAGGGUUUAACAGAGACAAAUUCACAUUAGCUGCUCGAGUGUCCCAUAAGAAUCCGCUUCUUGUGCUUGUCCGACCCCUUGGAUUUCAUUCAUUCAAGCUCAACAGGGAUCAAUCAUGUCGGAGAGUAACUCGCGACACGAUUCAGAUCGAAACCCUAACCCCAGAGUUACUUGGGAUGGUUGCAGCGUUUUGCUUGAUAUCAACGACGGCGACCGCCUCGUCUUCGCUCGUCUCUCCGGCGGCGCGAAGCUGAAAAUUGGGAAUAAGAAUUACUCUUUGCAGCCAUUGAUCGGUGCUCCAUUCGGGUCUCUGUUUCAAGUUGAGAAUGAGACCAAAGGUUCAUGUCUCUCUCGCGUUAUACCGACAAAAGAAGAGAGCAAUAAUCAGAAUGAAGGGGAUGGAUUGCUGAUAGAUGAAUCAAGAGAUAACAGGGAAAUCGUUGAUAACAAUCAAGCUCAGAGUCUUACCGGUGAAGAAAUUGAAGCCAUGCGUAGACAGGGAGCAAAAGGGGAUGAAAUUGUUGAAGCUCUCAUUGCAAAUAGCAAAACGUUUGAAAAGAAAUUUCAGCUUUCGCAGGAGAAAUAUAGGCUCAAAAAGCAGAAGAAAUAUGCGCCAAAGGUGCUUAUAAGACGUCCUUUUGCUCGAAGCAUAUGUGAAGCCUACUUCAAGAAAUACCCAGUUAGAAUUGGAUUCUUGCGAAUAGAUGCAUUAUCUCUUCUGUUAUCAAUGGCCAAUGUCACCGCGCAUUCAGAUGUUCUUUUGGUCGAUAUGGUUGGUGGUCUUGUCACUGGUGCCGUGGCUGAACGUUUAGGAGGCACUGGUUAUGUUUGCAACACUUACAGAGGAAGCUCCCCGUAUCCUCUGGAAAUAGUAAGGAUGUUUAACUUUAGCGACGGUGUCUUGGAGAGGAUUGUGCGCUCGUCCUUAAGCGACCUCUCUUCAUCGGAAGCUCUAACACUGGAGGAGAAUAACCAACGUGGAGCUCCCGAUACCGAGAACAUUGUAAAGGAUAUAUCUACAUCUGAUAACGUUAAAGAGAUCUCCCUGACCUCUGAAGAGACAGUGGAUACUGUCCCAGAGAUGACUUUUCCGGCGAGCAAAGUUAGCAAAGCUCCAAAAGCUGGAGCUAAGGCAUCAAAAGAAGCAGUUCAGAUGUGGAAAGAGAACGGCUUCUCUAGUCUAAUCAUCGCGGCACCAGAGCAAGAUGCAUGGAGCCUAGCUAAAGAUCUGUUGCCACUGCUCUCCUACUCUGCCCCUUUCGCAAUCUAUCAUCAAUACUUGCAGCCGCUUGCGACAUGCAUGCACAACCUUCAGCAGGAGAAGAUGGCCAUCAAUCUGCAAAUCUCAGAACCGUGGAUUCGCGAAUAUCAGGUACUUCCUUCAAGAACACACCCUCACAUGCAGAUGAGUUCUUUCGGAGGCUACGUCCUCAGCGGCACGAGAAUCUCCAGCUCUUGAUUCUUGUAACUGCUCGAGAAAACUCUCGCUGACGUGAGUUUAAGGUUACCAUACAUUGUUUUUUUGUUUCUUUGUCAUCUCAUAAUCCAUGUUGUGGUUCGUUUUUAUUGUUUUGGUUCUGUUUGCUUCCAUGUCGGACGACGCAGUCUCACCGAGAUUGUUUUAUCGGUUCUCGUAAUGCACCAAUUCGCAUUGGAGGAUAAUGGUUAUACUUGUUCGCAUG